AUGCUUCAAGCUCCACCUCAGGCACCAUUACAAUCACCACAACUACCUAUUGCUCAAGAUAAGACAAAUGAGUUACAAGCUGCAUUGUUAACUCUGACCAACUCUCAAUCUCAAUUUAUGACAGAAACUAGCUCAUCCAUCAGGAAUCUUGAGAAGCAAGUUGGUCAAUUGGAAAAUAUGUUACAAAGUAGGCCUCGAGGAAAUUUUCCAAGUAAUCUAGAGGUGAAUCCUAAAGAGCAGUGCAAUGCAAUCUCUUUGAGGAUUUGGAAGAAGUUGGAAGAGUCAAUCAAGAAGUCUAUAUGGAUUUUGGGGCAUUACACUAUACUUGCACCAAAUGUUGAUGUUGAGAAUGAGGAUAAGGUAGAAGAAGAGGUUAUUGAAGACCUUGAGAAGAAGCAGUCACCAGUGAGUUAUGAGCACCACAUCAAGAUUCCAUAUCCUCAGCGACUUCAAAAGAAGACACUUGCCAAGCAUUUUUCGAAGUUUCUAGACAUUUUUCGAAAACUUCACAUUAACAUGCCUUUUGCCGAGGCACUUGAACAAAUUUCAAGAGAUACUGUUAUGACCAAGGCCUCAUGUGAUUUAGGGGCUAGUGUAAAUUUAAUGCCCUUAUCUAUUUUUCGGAAGCUGAAAUUGGGAGAAGCUCUACCCACUACUGUGUCUUUACAAAUGGCAGACAGCUCUGUUAAGCAACCUCGUGGAGUAAUUGAGGAUGCCUUAGUUAAGGUUGGUAAAUUCAUCUUCCCUGAUGAUUUUAUUAUUCUAGAUAUGGAGGAAAAUGCAAACAUUCCCAUAAUUUUGGGAAGACCAUUCUUAGCCAUAGGGAGAGCACUAAUGGAUGUACAAAAGGGGGAGUUGAAGCUGUGA